CUUCCUCCCCUCAGCGGCAGCGCGGGCCCCGCCCCCUGUCAUGGCAGCCGUCCCCUCAGCCGACCCGCGGGCUGUCCCGGAGGCGGAGGCUGAGGCGGCGGAGGGUUCCCUCAGGCCCGUCGGGUAGGCCGAGCCGGAGAGUCUGCCCCCCCUCCCCCUCCCCACACGCCCCCCCACACCCUCCGCGGCUAAGCCCCCCCUCGCCAGCCCGGCCUGAGCGUCGCGCUGCGGCCCGGCCCUCGCCGUUGGAUGUGGGAAAGGAUGGAGGCCAAGACGGUGGUCUACGACCUGGACACCACGGGGGGCCUCAUGGAGCAAAUCCAGGCGCUGUUGGCCCCCCCGCGGAGCGACGACGGAGGAGGCGGCGGCGGCGGCGGGAGCGAGAAGCGGAGCCGGCGGCCGGAGCGAGGAGGAGGAGGCGGAGGAGGAGGAGGCGGCGACGGGCACCCCGCGCACCACUUCCAGCAACAGCAGCAUCCUCCGCACCACCAUCACCAUCACCACCACCACCAGCAGCAGCAGCACCACAACCACCCCUCCGCGCCGGCCGUCUCGCACGGGCCCCUCCCGCCGGCGGCCCCCCAAGCCGGCCCCCCUGGCGCCCCGCAUCCGCACCCGCAGCACCCGCACCCGCACCACCCGGCGCCGCCGCCGUCAUCCUCGGCCACCUCCUCCUCCUCGGCCGCCCAGCGACGCAGCGGGCGGGCCACGAACCACGACAGCUGCGACAGCUGCAAGGAGGGCGGCGACCUGCUCUGCUGCGACCACUGCCCGGCCGCCUUCCACCUCCAGUGCUGCAACCCUCCACUGAGCGAGGAGAUGCUGCCUCCCGGGGAAUGGAUGUGCCACCGCUGCACCGUGCGCCGGAAGAAGAGGGAGCAGAAGAAGGAACUCGGCCACAUGAACGGCUUGGUUGACAAAUCCGGCAAGAGGACUUCGUCUCCCACCAGCGACGCCGACUACUUGGACCGGGCGGGCGGCGGGAGCCUCCGGACCCUUCCCCACGCCCGGCUCCUGGAGCGCAGGGCGAGCCGGCCCGGCACCCCGACCUCCAACACCAGCACCGACACCCCCAAUUCCUCGGAGCAGAACGACGUGGACGAGGACAUCAUCGACGUGGACGAGGACUCGGGCACCGGGGCGGAAGCCGACGGGGGGCAACCUCACCUCAAGCGGCCCUUCGAGCUGCUCAUCGCGGCCGCCAUGGAGAGGAACCCCACCCAGUUCCAGCUGCCCAAUGAGCUCACCUGCACUACAGCCCUGCCAGGUGAGGGAGCCGGUCGGCACUGGCCCCGCACGUGGAUGACCCCGGGAAAACGGGCCAAGCGUCAGAGGGCGCCUCCUCCUCCUCCUCCUCCUCCUCCUCCUCCUCCUCCCGCCUUCUCCCCGGAGUUAGGAUCCCCGGUGGUCUUUUCCAGGAGUUGCCGCGUGGCCCCUCUGAUCCAGUGUGACUACUGCCCGCUCCUCUUUCACAUGGACUGCCUGGAGCCCCCCCUCACGGCCAUGCCGCUGGGCCGGUGGAUGUGCCCCAAUCACAUCGAGCACGUGGUGCUGAACCAGAAGAACAUGACGCUGAGCAACCGGUGCCAGGUCUUCGACCGCUUCCAGGACACCAUCUCGCAGCACGCGGUGAAGGUGGAUUUCUUGAACCGGAUCCACAAGAAGCACCCGCCCAACCGCCGAGUGGUCCAGUCGGGGAAGCGGAAGGGCCUGAAGGUCCCGGAGGCCAUCAAGUCCCAGUAUCGGAUCCCACCAGCAUUAAUGGCGCCCGCGGCCAUCCGGGACGGGGAGCUGAUUUGCAACGGCUUCUCCGAGGAGUCUCUGCAGAAGCCCCCCGGCAGCCCUUCCCAGCACUUAGCCGCCCAGUCGGAACAGCAAGAGUGGCUGUGCAGCAUUGUGGCCCUGCAGUGCAGCAUCCUCAAACACUUAUCGGCCAAGCAGGCCCCUUUUUCCUGGGACUCGGAGCAGGUGGAGAAAGGAGACGUCAAGCCAGUGUUGGCAGCCGAUGGCUCCCUCGCCAGUCUGUACCAAGCGACGGACAAGCCCAGUGCCCCCCUUCCCAGUUGCACCGCGGGGCUCGCCCCUCAGAACUCCUUACAGGACGAGAGCCCGUACCCUUCCUCGGCGGACCGGCCCAAGAAACCCUCCCCCUGCGGGACGUCGAACGGCCUCGGCGCCACCGCCGAGGUGAAGAUCAACGGCCCCAGCUUCUAUGGCGAAGCCUCCACGCCCGCCUCGCCCAGGCUGAGUGGGCAGGGCGGGUCCUUGUCGCACCGGCAGCAGCCCUGGCCGAGACCCACCACUCCUCCGGCAGCUUGCGGGCUCCUCAACCACGUGGCUGGCACCGUCGUGAAAACGGAGAACGCUGCGGGACCCGUCUCGUGCCCCCACAAGGUCGCCGUGCCCGUCGCCACCCUCCUGGCCUCCCUCCCCAGUUCUUGCUUCAGCCUGGAAGCCGCCACAGCGUGGCCACAGAAGAACACUCAGGCGCCGAUCGGGCCUCUGCUAGCUACAGAUCUGGGCGCAGCGGACUCUCCCGUCUCUGCCACAUGGGCACUCACUCCUCACCCAGCGGCUGUCGGGGAGGGGGGCUCUGCCGUGGCCCCUGCCCAUGGUUUUUGUUCAUCAGCCCCACCUCCAGGUGAGCACAGGGGAGGGUGGGGAACUCUGGGCUUUUGCCCAAAGCGUUCCACAGAACUGAAAGAACGGAGCGUCCCGUGCCUGGCACGGGGAGAUGCUUGGCACCCAGGGCAUCUUUCUGCCUUUGCAGGACACAGGAAAGAGGUGCAGGCCCGGGCAGUCUUCUACCCACUCCUAGGCUCGGGCAGCGCGGUGAACAUGUGCUAUCGGACCCUCUACAUCGGGACAGGAGCAGACAUGGAUGUGUGCCUUACAAACUACGGUCACUGCAACUACGUCUCGGGCAAACACGCCUGCAUUUUCUACGAUGAGAACACCAAGCAUUACGAGCUGCUCAACUACAGCGAGCACGGCACCACGGUGGACAACGUCCUCUACUCGUGCGACUUCUCGGAGAAGGCGGCCUUCGUCCCGCCCAGCAGCAUGGUGGCCAAAGUGCAGAGCGUGAUCAAGCGCCACAAGAACCGGAAGCUGCCAGAGGAAGAGCCGGUGCCGCUGCUGCCGGCGCCGCCCAGCGAAGAGACGGCCGCCAUGCGCGCCCAGGCCCAGGGCCAGCCCCAGCCGCCUUGCGGCUGCAGAGCCAGCAGCUCCAGCCUGAUUGGGGGCAGCGGGGCCGGCUGGGAAGGCACGGCCCUCCUGCACCACGGCAGCUACAUCAAGCUCGGCUGCCUCCAGUUCGUCUUCAGCGUCACCGAGUUUGCAACCAAGCCGCCCAAAGUGGACGCCGCCGCGGCCUUCGCCCCGGAGACGGACUUGGAGGAGAAGCUGUCGCCCAGGGGACACCAGGCCGCCGUGCUCCAGCCCAACUCAGUGCCAUAGGAGCCCGUGGGGCGGCCCGGGGAGGAGUGGGACGGAGCGGGGAGAAGCCCCUCCCCUCUCCCCCCCCCCGCCCCGCCCUGCGCCCCCCCGGAUCAGAGACGCCUAUUUGACACAAACCCCCGACCACGUCUGUCCGCAUUUCUUUUCCUUUUUUUUUUGUUUUUUCUCUCUUUCCCCCCCCCACCCUUUUUCCUACGUGAGGGGGGAGCUGCAGACUUUGGGUGCCCUUUGCAUGAAAUGAAGAACUUUUAAAUUUUAUUUUAUUUUUUAAAUGGUUUUUGCUCAAGUUUUAGGGGCAUUUGCACAUAUAUUUGUACUAUACAUUUCAUUUAAAAGACACACACACACACAAAAAGACAAAAAAAAGGAAAAAGGAAACUGCCACGCGCGGAGGCUCUCUGCUGGGUUGAAGAGGAGGGGGGGCGGGGGGGCGGCAGCCACGGGAAGCAUUCCCACGCCGUUGUAAAAUAAUCCCAAAAAAAACAAAACAAAAAACUUGUUCUAUUUUGUGCCAGUGACAAUAGUUUUUAUAUUGAAAAAGAGAGAGAGAGAGAGAGAGAGAAAUACAGUUUUCAUACAGCAAAAAU